AUGAAACUUGACAACACAUUUCGUUUUGUAAAAUAUAGAGAUGAAAUUAAGAAAAAGGUUGUUGUAUCAUUUAAGACCGAUCACUUUGAUGGCGAAGUAAAUCCAACCAAUAAUAAUACUCUUUCGCAGGAUUCUUUAGAUAGUUAUUUUGCUUCAGCUGUUGAGAAGUGGACAGAUAGUAGCUCAAGUGAACAGUUCCUUGCAUUUCGAAGAAAAAUCGCUCCAUACGUAUUAUCCCUAAAGUUAAUUAUUUUCCAUCAAGAUGUUAUAUGUAAGGAGUUGAAAUUAUUUUGGGAACAGUUGGGUGAUGCCUGUUUACCACCGGCUUUAGAUCUGGUGGCUAAUUUAGCAUGUGACAUCCGGGAGGAUUUCUUCAAGCAUAUUGAUGAGUUUAUGCCACUUGUUGUUGGAGCUAUAACAAGGAAUUCAAAGAAUGCUGAGUUUCUGGCCCAUUGUUUCAACUGCUUGUCACAUUUGGUUUACUUUUUACAUCGAUCAAUGGUUAAAAACAUCCGGAAAAUUUUAAAAUGUUUUCUACCAUUACUGUCUCACCAUUCGACAGAAAUUCCAAGGUUUACAGCUGAGUGCUUAGCUUUCUUGUUCAGAAAGUUUGAAGAUAAAAUUGCAUUGUUUCAUAUUUUGGAUGAAAUGAUUCAAGAUUCUGAGUGCCUUGGAAUUGUAUUAGCAGAAAUUUUGUCAGGUGUUGGUGAAAAAGUGCAUACAACUUCUUUGGAGAUUCUUCCUUGUUUAUUAGAUUCGUUGUUUAACUCUGACGGUGAUAUUAAACAACCUGUACAGUUUCUCUGUGAUAGUGACAAAAACAAAGACUCCUCACCAGCUUUUAGCAAUGCCUCCAUGAAAACAAUAAGCUCGUCGGACGAUUUCUGUCCAGUCUCGAAAGGCAUCACUGCUGUCAGUUAUUCCCUUUCACAGUUGAUGAAGCGAAAUCCAUCUUCUGAACAAAUAAGUUAUAUUAUCCAAUAUUUUACUCGUCAAUGUCAGAGCUUAUCAGCUGCUCACAACCCCCAGCAUUUUUGUAAAUAUCUUACGCUCUUGACUAGUUUUCUUCAGUCAAUCGCGAAAUCAGAAUUUAUGUCUUCAUUUGAAGAAAAUAUUGGAGAGAUUCUUAUAAAGUUGACCAACUGUUAUUCAUCACCAGAUGUACUCGAUUUAUGUAGCAUUUUCCUGCAGUAUAUAUCUGAAAGAUAUAAUCCUUAUGACUUCAUUAAAUCAAUCAUUCAAAGUAAAACACAGAAAUUGGAAGCUCGAUUUGAAUUUUUGAAAAAUUUAGCGAAUUGGAAAUAUUUUGACAGGGUAAGUUGA